AUGGCUCCUCAUAGAAUAGAUGCCGAAGUUGACGGCUUAAAGAUCAAGAUAGCAAUCGAGACUCAAGACCGAGGUGGCACUUUUACCGACUGCCUGGGGAUUGUCGAAGGCCGAAAGGAUGACAUUGUCGUUAAACUGCUAUCUCAAGAUCCGUCCAAUUAUGCCGAUGCUCCGAUUGAGGGCAUAAGGCGCAUUCUCGAGCAAGCAACGGGGAAAAGUUUCCCACGCAGCGAGAAGCUACAUACUGCAGACUUCUCCGCUGUAAGUAUUCGCAUGGGAACCACCGUUGCUACCAAUGCGCUAUUGGAACGCAAGGGUGACCGAGUCGCUCUUCUGAUCACAAAGGGCUUCAAAGAUGCCCUGAGAAUCGGCAACCAGUCACGGCCUCAUUUAUUUGAUCUCAACAUCCGGCGACCCGAUGUUUUAUAUGAAAAUGUAGUCGAGGUCGAUGAGCGAGUGACAAUCGAAGAUUACCAGCAAAACCCAGCACCAGAUCGCGACGCAAUUGAGGCUUCCUUACAAACAGAUUCAAACCUCACUCGGGGUGUCAGCGGCGAGGUAGUACGCGUCCUACAGAAGUUGGACGAGGAAAGGGUUAGAAGCGAUUUACAAAGCCUUUAUGAUCAAGGCUAUCGGUCCAUAGCUGUUGUUCUGGCCCAUUCUUAUACCUUUCAAGACCAUGAAUUGGCUAUUGAGCGCAUUGCAAAGGAAGUUGGCUUUCCUAGUAUUUCUCUUUCGAGCCAGCUCCUUCCUAUGAUUAAGAUGACAUCACGAGGUGCUUCAGCCACCGCAGAUGCCUAUCUGACCCCGGUGAUCCGACGAUAUAUUGACGGAUUCCGCUCGGGCUUUCAGGAUGGCCUUCGUUCCAGCGACACUCGUUGCGAAUUUAUGCAAAGUGAUGGUGGUUUGGUGAACUUUGAAAAAUUCUCUGGACUCCGAGCUAUCCUUUCUGGGCCUGCGGGUGGUGUCGUGGGGCAUGCACGAACAUCUUUCGAUGUUGCAGAUGGCACCCCGGUUAUAGGAUUUGACAUGGGGGGUACAAGUACAGAUGUAUCACGGUAUGACGGAAAAUUUGAACACACCUUUGAAAACACCACUGCUGGCGUGACAAUCAUGGCACCUCAGCUUGAUAUCAACACCGUUGCCGCAGGAGGAGGCAGCAUAUUAUUCUGGAGACAUGGGCUCUUUGUAGUGGGUCCAGACUCUGCCGGAGCGCACCCUGGACCUGCCUGCUAUAGGAAGGGCGGACCACUCACGGUAACCGAUGCCAACCUGUUUCUUGGACGACUUCUUCCCGAUUACUUUCCAAAGAUCUUCGGUCCUAACGAGAAUGAACCACUUGAUGUGGAGAUUACGAGAAUGAAAUUUACAGAAUUGGCGCGACAAAUCAAUGAAGAAACGGGCCAGUCAAAAUCACCAGAAGAAAUUGCCCUCGGGUUUAUUGAGGUUGCAAACGAAUCCAUGGCGAAGCCAAUUAGGGCACUCACCGAAGCCCGUGGGUACGAAACUUCUGCGCAUAAUCUGGCCUGCUUCGGGGGCGCCGGAGGCCAGCAUGCUUGUGCUAUUGCUUCUUCAUUAUCUAUAAAAACUGUGAUUGUUCAUCGCUACUCGUCUAUUCUGUCUGCAUACGGAAUGGCACUGGCUGAUGUUGUUCACGAAGCGCAAGAACCGGCUUCAGGGGUCCUUGAUCAGAAGUCGUUGUCCGUUCUUCGGGACCGCAUCGAAGUCCUCAAAGCCAAGGUACAAAGCGAACUGGAGACUGAUGGCAUCUCCAAAGCGCAAAUUCAUCAUGAGGUAUACCUAAAUUUGCGUUAUCAGGGAACGGACAAUUUAUUGAUGAUCCUUGAUCCCGAGGACGGCGAUUUUUCCGAGGCUUUCGUACGGGAACAUAAACGAGAGUUCUCAUUUACAUUCCCUGGACGUGCUAUUGUAGUCGAAGAUGUUCGAGUUCGUGGUGUUGGAAAAUCAUUGUCUGUUCCACCUGAAGCUCCUCAGGAUGAACUAAAGACGGCAGGUGUGAUACCAACCGGCAAAGAUACACAAGACGAUUCUACCACUGUCUGCUUUUCCGGUGUCGGAUAUGUCAAGACUCCUGUGUUCUUUUUGGAUAACCUUAAGCCUGGAAACCAUAUCAACGGACCGGCUAUGAUUAUUGACAAGACCCAGACAAUUGUCGUCGAACCACAUGCCACGGCAACAAUCUUGUCACGACACGUGAUAUUAAACGUCGCACUGAAAACGAAGCGUGAAGACAGUGGAGAAUCCACUCUCGUUGUUGAUCCCAUUCGUCUUUCUGUUUUUGGUUAUCGUUUCAUGUCGGUGGCUGAUCAGAUGAGUCGCAUGUUCCAGAAAACUUCAGUGUCAACAAAUAUCAAAGAGCGUCUUGAUUUCUCAUGUGCUGUCUUCUCUCCGGAUGGAAAAUUGGUGGCCAAUGCACCCAACGUUCCAGUUCAUCUUGGUAGUAUGGAGUAUGCCGUUCGAUACCAACAUGAGAAAUAUCUAGGCAAACUCCGACCAGGUGAUCACAUCUGCACCAACCACCCGUUAGCAGGAGGUACACAUUUACCGGAUAUCACAAUAAUAACACCAGUCUGGGAUGCCGAUGGAAAAGAAAUUACAUUCUACGUAGCUUCAAGAGGGCACCAUGCUGAGAUCGGAGGCAUACAGCCGGGAUCUAUGCCGUCAAACAGCAAAAUGCUCUACGAAGAGGGCGCUAUGACCAUGGGCUUCAAAAUUGUCUCUGAAAAUCAGUUCAAUGAAGAUGUUGUGCGGAAGUUUCUAUAUGAUGAGCCGGCUUCAUAUCAAGGAUGCAGUGGCACGCGUACAUGGAACGACAACGUAUCCGACUUGAAGGCGGCAAUUGCGGCAAAUCAAAAGGGAGCACAACUCCUUCGCGGUCUGGUCGAGGAAAAUUCUCUGAAGGUUGUGCACUUCUAUAUGGAUGGUAUCAAAGACAAUGCCGAAGUCGCUGUUCGCGAAUAUUUGAAGAAGGUGGGAAAACUUACCGGAGGGAAACCCUUGAAGUUUUCCGACUUCAUGGACGAUGGAACAGAGAUUCGACUAGAAGUCCGGAUAGACACGGAGACAGGCUCGGCAGACUUUGAUUUCACUGGCACUGGCCGUGAGACUUUCAAUUGUUUGAACGCACCAAAGGCCAUAGCCCACUCGGCAAUAAUAUACUCGCUGCGGUGUUUGAUAAAUGUAGACAUACCCCUGAAUCAGGGCUGUCUAGCACCCUGCAAUGUGAUCAUUCCAAGUGGGACCCUUCUCAACCCGUCCGGCAUGGCAGCUGUAUGUGCAGGAAACCCAAUCACUUCGCAACGAAUCACGGACGUUGUUCUGGGUGCCUUUAGUGCGUGUGCUGCGUCCCAUGGAUGCUGCAAUAUCAUAUCCUUUGGGAUGGGUGGCCAGGACAAAGAUGGCAACGAGGUUCCUGGAUUUGGCGUUGGCGAAACGAUCUGUGGUGGCUCAGGUGCUGGUUCAUCCUGGCACGGUACCUCUGCGGUCCAUUGCCAUAUGACCAAUACCCGUAUUACAGACGCUGAAGUGUACGAGCUAAGAUAUCCAGUCAUUCUCCGACAAUUUUCAAUUCGCACUGGCUCUGGAGGAAAGGGCAAGUUUAACGGUGGCGACGGAUCGGUGCGAGAGCUCGAGUUUAGAGUUCCCCUAUCGGUAUCAAUGCUCAGUGAAAGACGUGUCACUCGUCCUUAUGGUAUGGCAGGCGGUGAAACUGGCCAGCCGGGGCUGAACCUGUAUAUCAGGAAAGAAGUCGACGGGUCGGAGCGGACAAUUAACAUUGGAGGCAAGAUGGAACUUGACGUGAAACCUGGAGAACGUAUCAUCAUUCACACGUAA